AUGGUGGAGUAUCAAGAAGCAAUGCGGUUGAGCUCUUGUCCGCAAAUCCUCCAUACAGAUCUAGAAAAUGCACGACUCAAUCCUGAUGGGGAAAUCCAGAAAAAGUCACAAUCCACAGCAGAUCGAAUGGGCCCAGUAGGGGGCCGAAGCCUAGAAGCUGGUGAGGGCCCUGAGGUUUUGGAGGGCCAUGGGGUACCUCCAAGGAAUUCACUCACAUUCUUGGAUGGGGCCUUAGGCCUUGGCAUACUAGGAGUCAGUGCUCGCCUGGUCCUGGCCCUGGCUGGUCCAGCUAUUAUGCUCCUGCUGCUGUUUCUAAUGUUGAGUUUCCUGACUUUUGACCUUAUCCAUGGGCCCCAGGAGUUGCCUCUGCCUCGAAGGCCAAUGUUUAGACCCCUUGGCCUGGGAGCAGGGGGUGAAGGCCCCCGCUUGCGAGAACCACUGCUCCCACCUACCCUGAGUCAUGUCCUGGAUGGAUUCCUUCUCCUCACAGGCCUAGGGCUGAUCCUUGGGGCCGUGAUGCCCUUCAGCAUCUUCAGCCUUGUAGUUAGCCUCUGGCCUAUGGCCUGA